GCCUCUCCUCUCCUCUCCGUACGUAAACAUCAUAACGGUAGAAAUGGGGAAUAUGACACCUCCAAACCAGAGUGCUGAUUUAUAAAUCACUAAAACAGACACCGCAGCCCAGUCAUUUAAUUUGACACCAGUUGAAUAAGCGGACGCCAUGGAGGAGCCGUGGGACUUUGAGUUUCUGUCCCGCAUCGCUGACAGCUGCCUGUCGUUUCUCUCUGAGUUUGUAGACGACUGGCUCGCCAACGACAUGAGAGUGUCCAUAUUCAAAAUACUCCUCAGCUGGUUAAUUUUUAGUCUAAUCGCCAUUCACUUCGCGUGGAAAGUCUACGGAAAUACAGUGAACGAUAUGUAUUACAGACAAGGGACCGGACAGAACGGAGGCACACCGGAUACAGCUGCACACACGAGUGGAUGGGAAGGUAAAGCAGGGGAUGGUCCAAAGAUUCAUCGGGAUUAAUGGGAGCUUGAUCGCUGGACUUUACCCAAGUGAGGGCUGGACAAUUUGUAUGUCCCACAGAGACACGAAAUGCAGACCAGUUUGUUUGGGUUUUUCACAAUCACUUAGCCAUGCCAGUGGACGUCACUCUAACAGUGUUAGAGUGACGUCCACUAUUCAUACAAUGUUUAAUUUGGCCUCUUGAUACUGCUCACUGAGCAGGACCUUAUUGUGCAUAAAGAACUAAAAUGACGUGUUUAACUGGUCACUUGGUGAUACGUGAUCAAAACUGUACUUGAAUAGUGCAUGAAAGGAAAACAAAUCAUCAUUUUCCAAGUAAUGACACAGGAUCACAUGUAUAGUUUUUGUAAUAUAUAUACAUAUAUAAUACGACUGAUUUGAGUAUUGCAUUGACUUGUGUAUGUGAAUAUUUAUGAUCCAAAUAAUUUGCAGUGAACUGUGUGUGAUAUUUUAUUUUAUUUUUAUUUUUUGUAUUUUUUUUUGAAAUCUUUGGUGUAUUAUAAAUGAUCAUCUAUGGUCAUUUUAAAAUCAGACACAAUAAAAACAGAUCAUGUUUCAUAUCUUCAGUCUUUAUUUUAACAGCCAUUUUGCAUUGUUAUUGAAACUGCAGAGUUUAGGAGUAUCCACCACCCUAUAACUUUUUCAUUUUACUGUUUACAUACAUACUCUUCUCCUCAAACAAUAUCCAUGUAAAAUAAUCAUUAAAAAAUAAAGAACAAAUGUAUAGCAAAACCUAAAUUAUUUCAUAAGCAGAUGUAGUUCAUUUGAAAUCUACAUGAAGUAAUAUCUUGGCAAACAGUCACAACAUUUUAAAAUAAAGCACAAAAACUUGAGGGGAAUUGAAACAAUACAUUUUUCACCAAGGCCACUUUUAAAGUUAUCCUGUUCACCUCUGGAAAAAUUAGUGGAAGUAUACAAUAAAGGACUUUUAAUUGUCA